UUGGUUGGCUAACUGGUUGGUUAACUGGAAUGUUGGCUGGCUUCUUGGUUGGCUAGUUGACUGGUUAACUUGUUGGCUGGCUAGUUGGUUGGCUAACUGUUUGGUUAACUGGAAUGUUGGCUGGCUUCUUGGUUGGCUGAUUGUUGGCUGGCUUCUUUGUUGGCUGGUUGACUGGUUAACUUGUUGGCUGGCUAAUUGGUUGGCUAACUGGUUGGUUAACUGGAUUGUUGGCUGGCUUCUUUGUUGGCUGGUUGACAGGUUAACUUGUUGGCUGGCUAAUUGGUUGGAUAACUGGUUGGUUAAACUGAUUGUUGGCUGGCUUCUUGGUUGGCUGGUUGACUGGUUAACUUGUUGGAUGGCUAGUUGGUUGGCUAACUGGUUGUUGGCAGGCUGGUUGACUUGUUGUCUGGCUAGUUGGUUGGCUAACUGGUUGGUUAACUGGAUUGUUGGCUGGCUUCUUGGUUGG